UGCGAACUUCACACAUUUGAGUGUCGCUACAACUCUCGUGGAGAGUCAGUGACCCUUCAGGUGGGAGCCCGAAAAGAGAUCAACGCUGAGAAGCCGAAAAGUCACGACGUCGCCUUAGUCCUUACCCGAGCGUUUGACCACUUGAAAAAACUCAAAUCAAUCAGACUGGAGAUCAGAUCUCCCUAUAUCAAGACCGCCCUGCGUAAGGUGGUCAAGACAUAUCCAGAUGUGAUGUUCGAGACGCGCGGUCCUAUUACCCUUUAUAACGAACCGAGGUGCCUCUUCCACUUUCGAAAGGAACUGCAACUAUACAGUGAGAACCUUAGCGAUUUCAAAGCCAAACAACAUGUUGACUUCUGUUUGAAAUACGCGUCGAAAACGCUGCGAAAAGAUAUCGAUAUCUACGAGAAGACGAUGCAGAAUGUGGGAGUUUUGCCUGGGCUAGAAUUUUUGGUCCUCUGGAUGGCUUUCAGGCCCGGAGACCUCAUCUACCAUCGUCAAAAGGAUGGCAAAGAGAUCAUAGUCCGUUUGGUUUCAAUGAAGGGGGAGCUAAGGGCUCGAGAUGACAUGACUGUGGACGGCUGCUGGCACAUUCGGGGCGAACGAUUCGAUUACGCAUAUCGAGACGGCAAAAUCCAGCAGUACGAUGGUUAUCGGCCACUAACGGAGCUCGAUUGGUAUCCUCUCGAAUAUCAUAAGGACAGACACCAAAUUACACAGAAGAUUUUGGCUCGCGGCAAAGUAUAUCUCUCGCUUGCUGGCAUACACUAUCGAUAUUACGACGGGGCUGCGAGGAUAUACCGCAAAGAGGCCAAUUUCACCGAUGACUGGCGAAGCCGCUCAAUACGCCACCGAAUCAUGAUUGAUAGCGGGGAAUACUAUGAGAACAUAAGCCCACGCACAUUAAAUCGCGCCAACAUAUCGAAGAAGUUUGACCACGCAGCAGUCGAAAACUCGACGCUUCCCGAGGAAGACAUACUCAUCAGCGAUGUUGAAAUCCCGGGUUUCUGUCUCGCCACGAAGCAAUGGGGAUUCUUCGAUGUGGCAAAGAUACAGAACAUAAACCUCAGCACAACAGCCUUCGACAGUCUGGUGUUGGAUCCCGCGAAGAAGUCCAUAAUCUCUUCCUUGGUGAAAGAGCAAGUUGGCCAAAUGUCUGACUUCGAUGACAUCGUCAAGGGCAAGGGGAAGGGCCUCAUUUUCAUGCUUCAUGGAGAGCCUGGGACAGGCAAGACCUUGACUGCAGAGAGCAUAGCGGACUAUACUCAGCGACCCCUCUAUACGAUUGGAUGUGGUGAUCUCGGGACCAAAAGCCACAAUGUCGAACGAGUGCUGAACGAGUCUCUGGCAUUGGCAACCAAGUGGAAAGCUCUUGUCCUUGUUGAUGAAGCCGAUGUCUUCAUGGAGAGGAGAGGCAAUAACGAGCUCGAGCGCAAUGAGCUCGUCUCGGUAUUAUUGCGUAUUUUGGAGUAUUUCGAAGGCAUCAUGUUCCUAACUACGAACCGAAUUGGCACUAUCGAUCCAGCUUUCAAAUCCCGCAUACACCUAUCUCUUUCAUACCCAACGCUAGGCACAGAUGCCCGACGUAAAAUUUGGAAAGGCUUCGUCUCCAAGGGUUCUCCGAGUCAAUCACCCUUAUGGCUUGACUCCGCAUUUCUUGCCAAUGUGGCCAAAGAGUCGGUAAACGGCCGACAGAUCAGGAACAUCGUCCGCAUGGCAUAUGCGCAGGCUGCUAAUGCAGGCAGGGAAAUUGAGCCUACAGAUGUUACUAUGGGAUUGGUAGCUCACAAGGAUUUUGAGAUUGAAUUCAGCGAAGCGAAGGAUCAGAAAGAGAGCAGCGAAAAUCGAAUCAUUGAAGGAUCGCCAACAACGUCCGUGCUUACUAAUUUGAUAGGUGGGGGUGGGUAUAAUCUCAUUGCGGUAUGGGCCUUGGUCUUGAUAUUGCUCGCACUCGAACUCGAAAAGAUUGUAGGAAAGGCAAACUCUUCAGUGUCUGGUUAG